CGGCUCAAGCGGCUGGUUCCUCGAUCCCGGGACAGCUCCGGCUCUGGGUCCAGCUCCGACUCCGGCUCCGGCUCCAGCCCCAGUUCCGGGUCCAGCCCCGGCUCUGCCUCCUCUCCCAGGGGCGGUCACUCUCCAGGGAGUAAAUGUUGCUGAAGAGCCUGUCUGGGAACCUUUGACAUUGUGUGUGAUGAGUUGAGGUCACAUCCCUGUGGCUGAAUUCACUUUUGAGUUCAGUGAAGCAACCACUGCUGAGAUGUACUGGGAUGUGGGUCAUGAGGACAGUCAUGAAGACAACAUGGCACAGGAAACAGAGAUCGUCCCUGAGACUACUGGAAGUAAGCAGCCAGGGUCUGACAGCCUGUCCUUCAGUCAGUGCUCAACCCUGGAGAACAUUCAGGCAGCGUACAGAACGGGAGAGGUGGGAAAAGCUCAGCAACUCACCAGGCUGCUCUGUUUGGAGACAAACUGCAAAGCGGAGGAGCUCUUGGGUAUCACAGCCUCACAUGGAGACGCAGAGAUGGUGCAGUAUCUCCUCCAGGAGGCAAGGCUGGAGCUGUUAAAGGAGCUGAAUGAUGCAAACCCGGCGAUUAUUGCUGCACACGAGGGUCACGAAGAGGUGGUCAGAGUAUUACUGAAUUCUACUCCAGGUUUGUGUGUUAACAAGGAUCUGCUGAACUGGAUGCUCGCUGCAGCGUGUAAACAGGGACAUCUGGAUGUCGUGAGGCUCUUAGUACAUGUGUACAAGGCAGAGACUGACAGCUGUGGAAUGAGGACACAGGACCACCCCAUCAUCACAGGCCAGCCCCUGUACGCUGCAAUGAAGGCAGGGAGUGAAGAGAUUGCAGGAUUUCUUCUGGAUAAUGGGGCCAGUUUUUCAUCUUAUGUCUUACUGGAUCACCCAGAACUCAGCAACCAGCUCCUGAGGAAACAGUUUACAGAACCAAGUAGCCAGUAUGAAGGCUCUGACAGACAAACUGGCUUGUCACUGAAGUGGUCACAUCUGAGGCUGCCCUGGUUAGAGUUGGACUGGUUUAUAGAUGUUUCCAAUCAAAUAACAGAACUUGAUCUGAGUAAGAACAGCCUCACUUACCUUCCUUCAGUUAUUCCUUGGGGAUUAGUGCAUCUGAAAAAACUCAACUUGUCUGCAAACCAGCUGAAGGACUUGCCCAACGCAACCACUUCAGAAGAAAUACUCUGUACAGGCAUACUGGAGAUUGAUGUGUCAAGGAACCAACUGAGCUGCCUGCCCACUGGCUUCUUACAUCUCCCAAAGCUUGAAAAACUCACAGCUUUCACUAAUUUACUGGAGAAAUUAUUUGAUGAGGAGAAAGCAACGAACUGGAUUGGAUUGCGGAAACUGCAGGCGCUCGAUGUUUCUGACAAUAAACUUGAGCUUUUGCCCACAACUUUCCUGCACUGUUUCAAAUCCCUGAGCAGCCUGAAAGUGUCUCAGAAUAUGCUCAAGUGCUUUCCUGAACCCUGGGCCUGUCCUUUGAAAUUUUGUAACGCCUCUGGAAAUUUGCUGGAAUUCAUUCCAAACACACUCUGUAUCUUCUGGAAGAAUUAUCUUAAAGAAGUAAAUUUCUCUGACAAUUUACUGAAGGAAGUGCCAGCAAACAUCUUUGAGCUUAAGGCCCUGAACUCCCUGAAAUUGUCCGGCAAUCAGUUACAAUCACUUCCUCCAGUGGACAGAUGGCAGUGCUCAAACCUCAAAUCACUUGAUCUCUCUCGAAAUCAGCUUGGAAAGAGUGAAGAAGGAACCAGAAGUAGAAAAGUCAGUUUUUUCACAACGCGACAAAAGAGAAAUACAGACACAGUUGAAUUCCCACAGUUCCUUGGUGAGUGCUUGGAAGUUCUGCAUCUGGACAAUAAUUUUCUUGACUCAGUCCCUCAGUCGGUGUGCUUGCUGCGAACCCUCUCUGAGCUGUACCUUUCAAAUAAUCCUGGACUCCGGGAGCUUCCCACUGAGCUUGGUCAGCUGGCUAACAUGUGGCAGCUGGACAUCGAUCAAUUAAACAUCUCGAAUGUGCCCACAGAUGUCAGGAACGAAGGGCCUUCGGCAGUGCUGGCCUAUCUAAGAGCACAGCUACGGAAAGCUGAGCCUUGCAAGCUGCUGAAGAUGAUCAUUGUUGGACCCCCGCGUCAGGGGAAGUCCACUCUGCUGGAGACUCUGCAGUCUGGGAAGCCCACACAAAACACAUACAAAGAAAGUAGCAUCCAAACCACCAGCUGGGAGCUUCUACGACCUGCCGCAUUCAAGACUAAGAUGGAUUCGGUUGUGUUUAAUGUGUGGGAUGUUGGAGGUGCUGUCAAAAUGGCGACAGUAAAUCAGUGCUUCUUCACUGAUAAAGCUCUCUAUGUGGUUGUGUGGAACCUGGCGCUUGGAGAGGAAGCAGUUGCAAACCUGCAGUCUUGGCUCCUGAACAUUGAGGCAAAAACUCCAAACGCUACAGUGAUUGUAGUAGGGACCCAUCUGGAUUUAAUUGACACAAAAUUCCGUACGGAGAGAAUUGCUACUCUUCGAGCCUAUGUGCUGGCACUGUGUCGAUCUCCAUCCGGACCCCGAGCAACUGGCUAUCCUGACAUCAGCUGCCGCAAUUUACAUGAGAUAUCCUGCAAGACACUUGAUGGACUAGAAGGGCUUCGUAAACUGAUCUUUCAAGUUGCUUGCAGCAUGAAGGAUACGGGGAAUCUAACAGCAUCCCAGAAACUGGUUGGGAGAUUGAUACCAAAGAGCUAUUUCAAUCUGUUAAAUGCUGUUAUGAAAGAGCAACAGAGAAGAAGCAAUAGUAAUGAGGUCCAAUACUUAACUGACCAGCAACUGGAGGAGAUUGUGCAGCAGAUUCCCGACAAUGAUAUCAAGGACAUUGAAGACAUACAGACCGCCCUUGCCUUCCUUAUUGAGACAGGAGCACUGCUGCAUUUCCCAGACACCAGUCACGGCCUGCGAAACCUCUACUUCCUGCAUCCAGUGUGGUUAUCGGAAUGCUUGGAGAGAAUUAUCAAUCUCAAAGCCUCCCGCUUUCGUGCCAACAAUGGCAUAAUACAGGUGAUGGAGCUGAGGGCAUUGCUGGCUGGAACUGGCUUCACCGAGCAGAUUGAGGAGCAAUAUUUCCAAUUUUUAGCCAAGUUUGAGAUUGCACUUCCUAUUACCAACAACAGUUACCUCCUCCCACACUUGCUGCCACCAAAGCCAGGCUUUGACUUUGGCAAUCUGAGAGGCAAGAGCACCAACACCAUCCAGAGACUUUUCAAAAUGAACUUUGUGCCCGUUGGCUUCUGGCAGCGGUUUAUUGCCCGCAUUUUGAUUAGCCUGGCAGAGAUGGAUACCCAGCUCUUUGAGAAUGAAAAGAAUCCAAAGCGAGGCAGAGCAAAUCGAACCUCAGUUUACAGCUUCACAAGAUCACAUCGUCGCAAUCGCUGCAGCACCUUCCGAGUCAGAAGAAAUCAAACUAUUUAUUGGCAAGAAGGUUUGCAGGUGAACUACGAUGGUGGGUUUCUAAGUGUGGAGUCCUCUGAGGUGAACUGGAAAAGGAAAAAGAGUGCAGGAAUAAAAAUCAAUUGCCAGUCUGAAACACGGGAUUUCUCAGCCGUUGCGUUCAUCACUGAUCAUGUCAAUUCUCUGAUUGAUCAGUGGUUUCCAGCUCUUACAGCCACUGAAGCUGAUGGAUCUCCCUUGGUCGAGCAAUAUGUUCCCUGUCCUCACUGCACCCCCACAACCACAGAGGAAACACAAGUCCAGUCCCAGGCUCAGGGCUUGCAUUACUUCAGUAUGGAGGACUGUUUACUCACUGCCAUCGAACACACACACAUCGAGUGUCCAAACCACCCAACAGACCCUGUACCACUGGAGGAGCUGGUUCCCGAACUUUUUAUGACUGAUUUCCCAGCCCGGUUAUUUCUGGAUAUGAGUUGUCUAGAACAGAGUGAAGAUGCAAACUAUAUCCUGGGACAAGGAGGAAGUGGGACCACAGUAUACAGAGCAAAAUAUAACACAGUCCCCAUAGCAGUCAAGAGAUUCCACUUCAAGAAAUGCCGGCAACCAUCUGAUGGCUUCAACACAGAUUCGAUGUUCAGGCACCUGGAAGCUAUGGAGGCAUUACGAAAUUUCUCCGAGUUCCGUCAGGAGGCCAGCAUUCUUCACUCCAUGCAACACCCCUGCAUCGUGUCACUGGUUGGCAUCAGUAUUCACCCACUUUGCUUCGCCUUGGAGCUGGCUCCAUUGGGCAGUCUCAACACUGUACUGACUGAAUACUCUAAAGGCACCUUGUUUAUACCCCUGGGAUGCAUCCUAACUCACAGAAUAGCCUAUCAAAUUGCAGUUGGCUUGGCCUAUCUGCACAGAAAAAACAUCAUCUUCUGUGACCUCAAGUCCGAUAAUGUUUUAGUUUGGACUCUGGAUCUGACAGAUCCAGUAAAUGUGAAGUUAUCCGAUUAUGGGAUAUCUCGUCAGUCAUUCCACGAAGGAGCCCUUGGUGUUGAAGGUACCCCCGGAUAUCAGGCACCAGAGGUCAUGCCUGGAAUUGUUUAUGAUGAAAAGGUUGACAUGUUCUCGUAUGGAAUGGUCCUGUAUGAGUUGCUGUCUGGGCAACGGCCAGUCCUUGGACAACACCAGGCACAGAUUGCUAAAAAGCUGUCAAAAGGAGUGCGACCUUCACUGGGAGCGCUGGAAGAGGUGCAGUUCUAUAGAAUGCACAAUCUGAUGACUGAGUGCUGGGAUACAAAACCUGAAAAGCGACCAGGAGCAGGUUCUGCCCUCAGACUGAUGCAGGAUCCCAGUUUCCCAGCAUUCAUGUACAUCCUGCGGUGCGGUGAACAAAGCUCAUUUUGUCCCUCUCAAGAACUUGAGCGAACUGUCAUUUUUUGGGAUGGAGAAGGAAACGACAGGAAUUACAGUGUGGUGAAUAUCGACAAAGGGCUGAUUGAAGUGGAUCACAUCAGCUGCCCUGGAAUUAGACUGAGUUGUCAGCUGAAGCUGCAGAGUGCAUUGUGGACAGCAACAGAGGAUCAGAAGAUUCAGGUUUACAGCCUUAAAGGAAUGUGUCCCUUAAACGUGCCUCUGCAAGUGCUGGAUGUUCCUGCCAUUGUUACGUGUUUCUUGCCUGUAUCACGUGGAAACCAGAAAUCUCCACUAAUGCUUGCUGGUACAGCUGAUGGGAUGGUUGCCGUUUACUCAUUAGUCAAUGAGAUUCCCGAGGGUUGGUCAUCAUACCUGUGCUCACGUUCAGCAAACAAGUUUCAGUUCAAAAUCCCCGACAAUGACCUUCGACAGAAUGCAUACCCCGUUACUGACAUGGUAGCGGUGAACAGUGAAUCCGAAGUGUGGUACAGCAACGGUCCUGGGAUCCUGGUCAUAGAAACACUUACUGCAGAAAUAACUUGGAGAUUGGAACCUUAUCAGCCUCCCUCUCAGGUCAUAUCAAUGACUUGCAACCUUGGAUGUAAUGGGGAAGAGGUCAUCUGGUGUCUGGAUGACAAGACAAGUACUUUAGUAAUGUACCGUUCUUAUCAGAUCUGUGCCCGGUACACAUGCAGUGACUGUAAUCCAUUGCGAGACAUGUUCACCAUCCAGCAGCCUACCAAUGCCACACCAGCCACAGCCAUUACACCCAAGGACGUGAAUGACUCCAACUCCACAGAUGUCAGCAUCAUCUUCAAUGAUGAGGUUGGGACACAGAUAAUAAGACAUUUUGAUUCUAUGACUGAUUACUGUUCUCUGUCCUCCGAAUCUUGCUCCUUCACCAACAGGAACACCAGAUCGUCAUUUAAUGCACUGAGCUUACCAGCCAGUCCCAUAAGUAUUCCUUAUUCUACUGACUAUGAUGAAUCAGACAAGUCAAAUUUAUCAUGUGACAGGUCUGGGGCCGUCUCCCCAUUGGUGGAUGAUGUCAAACAGCUACAAGCUAUAAAAAUCUUAACAGUAAAGGACACUCUGUGGAUACCAAGACAAGGUGGGGAUAUCAUUGUUAUUGAGCUGGAAAACCAGCCUGGUUGCCAGCAAGGCAGGGUAACAGCAGUGCUGAAGGCAGAAUCUGUCUCCAAAGGCAGCAAGCUCGUGGAAGCCGCUGUUGUGGCGAAGGACACGGUGGUCUGCUGCUUUCGGGAUGAGACCGGAGAUUGGAUGCUGUAUGUUUGGAGGGCCUGGGGAUCCAGGGAAUUUGAACUUUUCUAUCAGUCGUAUGAGGAGUUGGCGAGAAUGGAAGUCAGCAUGCGCAGACGGAGGUAGCCCAGUGAACUUAAUUCAGCCCCUCUCGUUAUGUAAACCCUACAGCCUGAGGAGGACUGUGGAACAGACAAUAAUUCUGUUCUCGAACUAAGGCUGCAACAUCAACAAUAAGAAAAUAAAAUACUCAUCGCUGAUUUUCUCUGUGAACUUAACCCAUGAAAGCACGAGGCACAGUAUAUGAAAAACUGAGUACAACUGCUGAGAUCGGAUUGUCGAAAUGGGUGGAAAUCAUUGCAGGUCCCGUUGCACAGAAUGGGAAUUCAGUCAGGUUUCAAACACACUUUCUGAAUUCCGAUCUCCAUAUCACUGCUGCUGGUUACUUCAUGUACAGUCGAAUAUUUCUCUCUACUUGGAACUGUAAACCCAUAUCUGAUCCCUGUAAAGAGUUUAAAUGGGGAGAAUGUAUUUAUUGUGCAAUGAAUGUGAAGAACAAAUUGUCUGUAAAUGAUAGAAGUUCUGAACCUGUGAGAGAUUCGGUUACAACUUUCAGGAAUUUUGUGGAGUAGAGAUACAGGAUUUGUUCACACAAUUUCUCUUGAAACUCUGCUUUAUCUUUGACUGCAGGUCAAUUAUCUCAGGUUAAGCGAGGAAAUAUUUGGGUUCAGGUGACCCAGGGUCAAUUUCGAAGACCAGUGUCAGAUAUUGGACAUGAAGUUGGAAAAUCCCCUCGAUGCCAACCAAACAGACAAAAGAUAAAACUGGGGCCACAAGGGACCAGCUUGGAUACUUGCUGUGUGCACAGCUAACUCUCUCGGCUAGGGAGAGUGAUAGUCAUUUCCCUGUUGGAUAGUUGAGGCCAGCCAAAGGAGGAUGUUACGAUCCAGUUAGGGACUGUAAACAUUUGAAGAGAAAUCUGUAUGCCCAGUGAUUUCGCCAAUAGAACUACUCCACAAGAUUUCAUGUUUUUAAACAAAAACUUUACUGUAUUUAAAAGAAUUAAACAAUUCAAGCAGUCUUAACACUA